GUGGGGAUUGGAGGAAACAGUGGGCUUAAGCGCAGUCUUGGCACAACGCUCCGUGAGAACAAUGCUAAAUGCUGCUGACUGCAUUUGAUGAAGGGUUCUGGUUGGCGGUCAUGGCCUACGCUUCCACUUCGGAAGGAUUUCAAAUUAGUGCCCAGAAGGUGCUGACGAAGUCAUCACACAAUGUAUGUAGUGAUAAGCCUAUUGAUCCCCAACGGAGCCCUAAUCAAGCCCGACCACUGUAGUAUUAUUGAAUCCUUCGGC